CUCCAGCAUCUUGUUUAAUGAUGCUCAAACCCGCGGACAGAGAGACUAACCCGGGCGCUCGGAAAAGUCCAUCAACAAAUGAGAAUGGAGACACAAGAAACUACAGGUGUUGGACUCUGGGCAGACAACAAACUUCAUGACCCUAUCCAGUAGUCUUGCCAGGAUCUGAUGCCCACAAGUCGAUUUUGUCCCUAAGAUGGAAAUACACAACAAUUCUUUGAUAUGGUCAAAUUCCGAACACACAAAAGCUUUCCUCCCUCGCCCGUCCAACCAAUUCAUCUGCAAAUUCGUGUCGGCGUCUGGGCUCCUCCCCCAGCGAGGGCAUAGGCCAUGAGGAAGCGGUGAUGCUGUUGACGUGCUUCUGCCGGUAGUUGCCGCUCGCAACGAGCAACUUGAGCAAGCGGGAGGAAGGGAAAAAGCGACGGAGAAAAGUGGGCAAGCAUGGCGGUGGGCCUGCGCUCUGUCUGCUUUGUGUUGGUGUGCCUGAGCGGGGAGGUGCUGUCCGGGCGGGAUUUCUACAAGAUCCUGGGGGUUUCUAAAAGCGCCUCGGUGAAGGAUAUCAAGAAGGCUUAUCGCAAACUGGCCCUGCAGCUGCACCACAGAAACCCGGACGAUCCGGCGGCACAGGAUAAGUUCCAGGAUUUGGGGGCUGCUUAUGAGGUUUUGUCUGAUGAAGAGAAGAGGAAACAGUAUGAUAUGUAUGGUGAGGAGGGUUUAAAGGAAGGUCGUCAAGGUUCUCAUGAUGACAUAUUUUCACAUCUUUUUGGAGACUUCGGUUUUAUGUUUGGAGGAAGUCCACGACAUCAAGACCGGAACAUUCCUCGAGGAAGUGACAUAGUAGUGGACCUUGAAGUUACACUUGAAGAAGUAUAUUCAGGCAAUUUUGUAGAAGUUGUACGAAACAAGCCAGUGGCAAAGCAGGCUCCAGGAAAGAGGAAAUGCAACUGUAGACAAGAAAUGAGAACAACACAAUUGGGUCCUGGAAGAUUCCAAAUGACCCAGGAGAUGGUUUGUGAUGAGUGUCCCAAUGUUAAGCUUGUAAAUGAGGAGAGAACACUUGAGGUGGAGAUAGAGCCUGGAGUUAGAGAUGGAAUGGAAUAUCCUUUCAUUGGGGAAGGUGAACCGCAUAUAGAUGGAGAGCCUGGUGAUCUGAAAUUCAAAAUUAAAGUUUUAAAACACCCAGUGUUUGAAAGACGGGGUGAUGACCUCUACACCAAUGUCACAAUUUCAUUAGUGGAAGCACUGAUAGGUUUUGAAAUGGAUAUUUCUCAUUUGGAUGGACACAAGGUUCAUGUAGUUAGAGACAAGAUUACAAAACCUGGUGCAAAACUAUGGAAGAAAGGAGAGGGGUUACCGAAUUUCGACAACAACAACAUUAGGGGUUCACUAAUAAUAACAUUUGAUGUGGAUUUCCCCAAGGACAAACUGACUGAUGAUCAGAAGGAGGAUAUCAAGAACCUGCUUAAACAAGGACCAGUGAAGAAAGUCUACAAUGGGCUUCAGGGAUAUUGAUGUAAACACAAAUGAAACAGACUUUUAUGUGAAAAUGAAAAUUUAAUUAUUAUUAUCUGAGGUUUCUAAUGUUGAAUGUAUUCCUUAUAUUGGGCUGGGGAGGGUAGGGAAUUGCUAAUCUUUUUAAACUGAAAUCUGUAUAUGUGUGUUUCUGAAGAACACAAGAUUAUAGUUUUUUUAAAGAAAAGAAAUUGUCCCUAUUUCUCUCUAUCUUUCCACAUAUUUCUUCUUGCCCUCCCCCUUAAUCAAAAGAAACAGUUGACUGGCCAAAAGAUUAAAAAUAUUGUUUUUUUUAAGGUGAAUGGAUGUCUUUAAAUGCUCAUAUUCCAAGCAGAAAGGACUUCUCUUCACCUUUUAAAAGGUGCUCUUUACUUGUGAAACGUUAGAUUUCGUUCACGUUUGAAUAUUAUAAGAGCAAGUAUGCAGAUUACAGCACACAGAAUUAUUUACAUAUACUUUGAAUUAAAUUUCCUGUUUGUUUUUGAGAUAUUUGGUACCCAAAUACUGCUCGAGGUUACAGUAAUUGCUUCUGUAGUCUCUUAUGGGCUGUGAAAAUGCAACAUUAUUUUUCUCAGAUAUAUUGUUUGGGAGUAAUCUAUUCUGACCUAAAAGGGCUGUGAGUUGCUAUUGAUGGUUUCUGAAACUUUGAGGGAACAGUUUGAGUAUGACUGCAAAACAAUUCACUUACUGUACAGCACGUGAAUAAAAUUGAAAAUUACAUUUAUGGAAAUGUGCAGUGAUAAUGACAUUGUUGUAAAUUCAAUUCAUUAGCUAAAAUUGUUUGGAAGGAAAAUGCAUCUGUCCAUUCAGCAGAAAUGUUGCAUCUUUUUUUUUGAGGAUGCAUUAUUUUAAUUGGAGAAUGGAGUUUUCAGAUCUCUUUUUCUAGGAACUGGAUUGCAAAAUGCUAAAGUACAGCUUAAAAUUGAAAAGCUGGACUGUAAUUUAGUUUGGAUAUCAGAAGAGAUGAACACUGAUUAAAAUGCUCUUUACAGACAUUGUGACAAGUUUUACAAUUUCCUUUGAUACUGAUUGAUCUUCCUUACAAAAGCUAUAGCAGAAUGCAAAAAUAGCAAAAUAUUGGACAGUUCAUUGUUAUUUGAAGUAGCAAAUCUUUAUUAGGCAUUUGUUUGAUUAUUUGGCACAUAAUAGAGGUGCACAACUUGAAAAGGAUUAUAAGGUUCAACUGUAUUUUCAUGUGAUGCUCCAUUUAUAUAUUAAAACUUUAGCAAUGUUAUCUAUUCAUAAUUAUUUAAUUGAACAUACAGGCAAUACAUUUUUUUAUAUUGCUGUUUUCAUAAUUCAGGAUUGCAAAACUGCGAUCUGCUUUUGGAUCAGUAAAAUGCUAUAUGUUUUCCCAUUGAUCAUUUCUCAUGCGUCCCCGUUUUAAUGCAAAUGUUUCCUCAUUAUUUCUACUACCGAACCAAAAAUACCAAGAAAUCUUAUUUUUAAAAGUUUUUGGUGUGGGGAAAAUAGACACUGCUUUAAGAUGAAAACAAAUUGUGUUUUUGUAUAUAUAUAGUUAAAUAAAAACUGUUAGUGUUCUGUUAA